GUAGCUAAAAAGCAAACAACCAGUCAACCCCGUCCACUGUACCUGUCGGUGGACAGUCCUACAAAGCGUCCAUCCUCGACGCCGUUGAGGCGCUACAUCUUUCGGCAUUUAGGACUCUUCACUUCUUUCGAGAGUUCAGUGGGUUACAAUGGUGUUACUGGGAAUUUCCCUCCUCGUCGCGUCGCUCUCCUUUUUACUCUAUCGACAUCCGCCAGGAUUCUGGUACUCUUUCCAGAGACAACUCGCGCAUAUCAAAAAUGGAAAGAAACCGACAGAGAAGAGCACAGAGCAAAGAAAUAUAGAUCUAAACGCUUCUCAUCGCAAUCAUGCGCGCGACGAGAAGGUGACCGAUGCUGCCGCCACCACCACCGCCGCGAUACCACCAGCGGCGACAGAGCAACCCAACCUUAUCUCAACAUCUUCGUCCAUUUCUACAAUAAAUCAAACAAGCACUUCAAACGACGCUGCGUCGUCACCAGAAACUACACCGAAAGCACUUCCUUCUCAACCUGCUAAAUCAACUCCCUCUAUCCCAUCGUUCUCUCUCGACGACCCCUCUACAACAAGCAAUCACAAAGCCGACGUCUCCUCCGACGAAGACGACGACGAUGACGAACCUCCCAUUUUUCCCGCCAAGAAAUCUGCUCAGCGUGCCGGCUCCUCUGCACGCAAUGCAUUUACAAAGUCUCCUCCAGCUCCAGUUCCGUCUCUCUCCACAACUUCCACCUCUCCGAUUGGCGUCAGCAGUCCCGCAUCCACACUAAUGCCACCUCCUCCACGACCCACGCCACCCUCUGCCGCCGCACGACUUCGCGCAGGACCGUCCACAUCUACAUCUUCUUCAACGCUCUCCGUUCCAUCGCGCAUACCACCAACAUCUUUAUCCCCCGCUGCCGCCGCACGAGCUCGACCCACGCCCUCUUCCUCUUUAUCUCCCUCCUCCUCAUCUCCCUCCUCCUCAUCUUUAAGCCCAUCUCUAUCAAAUCCUCCAACAAAAUCGCGUGCAUCCCAAAAAGUCAUACUCCAGCCAGGCCACUCUCCACUCGACUGGGCCGAGCUCUGCCGCUCUCACGCCCGCGCACAGGCUCAGGCCUUUCCCUCUUCCUCCUCUUCCUCGCCCUCCGCCGUCCCUUCAAUCCUACGCGUUCCUCCGUCCCUACUCAAGUUGAACAACGGCCGCCAUGGUCGACCGGCAUGGACAUCAUAUUACGGCCGCGUGUACGAUGUUACUGCCUAUCUACCUUUCCAUCCGGGCGGUGAAAAGGAACUGUUACGUGCGGCGGGCCGCGACGGCGCGAAACUCUUUGAGCAGGUCCACCCGUGGGUCAAUUGGGAGAGCAUGUUGAACGUGUGGAUGGUAGGGGUCAUGGUUGACGAGCAAGAUGCGGAUGCGAAUGCGAAUGCGAAUGCCCACGCCCAGGGAGGUCAGGCUGGUCAGCAGUCAAGGGGCCAGUGGGAUGAGAUGGAUUAGCUCAUUUCAACUAUUUUUUUUUAUUUUUUAUUUUUCAUUCUCAUUUUCAUUUUUAUUGUUCAUUUGACCGCUCUAUUUCAUCUUGGGGUGUUGCAGCGGUGGGACGACGAAUAAGAUGCUGAAAGAUCGAUAUACAUUACUGAUACCCGUACGCCUGGCUCUAUGCAUUGUAGACAGUUAGAUAUUAGACACGCCAUGGCUAGACUAGAGAGCAUAUACACAUAAUUUUCAAAUGCAAGAACAGCACUGGCUUCACCAGAUGAAUGUUUCUCUACCAUUGAUGAUGAAAAUGGACAUAAUAUUGGGAGUGAGACAGAAAGUAAAACGUG